UCGGAGCCUUUUCCUGAGCUCGCGCCGGUUCCUUUUCGAAAAAUCAAACAAAGCAAGCCACUCCCAGCCGACCUAACCGACCUCGCGCGCACGCAACCGACGAGUCGAAGACGGACAGAGCGGCGCGAGACGCUUCUCGGGUGUCGGGUGGGUUAGGGUGGCAGCGGCUCAGCAACAGCGGUUGACACUUCAGCGCGCGAGCCAAGGGGCGAGCCCGUCCCGGCUGCUUGGACUCCUCCUCUCGCGAUGCUGCGGUGGCUGAUAGGCGGGGGACGCGAGCCCCAGGGAUUGGUCGAGAAAUCUGUGCAGACCAUAGGCGAGGAACAAACACAAAAUCCCUACACUGAGCUCCUUGUGCUGAAAGGUCACCAUGAUAUAGUGCGGUUUCUAGUGGCAAUAGAUGAUUACAGGUUUGCUUCUGCAGGAGAUGAUGGAAUUGUAUGUUUGUGGAAUGCUCAGACUGGAGAGAAACUAUUUGACCUACAUGCACACACGCAAAAAAUUACAGCUCUUGCAGCGUUCCCACUGUCUGAGGCUUGUGAAGAAAAAUGUCACAUGAUUUUAACAGCAGGUGCAGAUAGGGCUGUUAUUGUUUGGGAUUGUGACAAUGGCAGGCAAAUUCACAAAGUAUCCUGCUUUCAUUCAACUGUAAAGUGUUUGACAGUUCUUCAAAGACUGGAUGUAUGGUUGUCUGGAGGGAGCGAUCUGUGUGUUUGGAACCGCAAAUUAGAUCUCUUGUGUAAAACAAGUCAUCUUACUGAUGCAGAUAUCAGUGCUGUGAUUGAAUUGCCGAAAAAUUGUGUGGCAGCAGCAGCUGGCAAAGAAUUAAUAAUUCUUAGGCUGAAAACUUCCAGAGAUGGAACUGAAUGGGAUGUCUGUGAAGUGAAACGCCUUCUUGAUCAUCAAGAUAAUAUCCUGUCGUUGGUCAGUGUCAGUGAUCUGACUUUUGCAACUGGCUCUCAUGUGGGUGAGCUGAUAGUCUGGGAUGCAUUGGACUGGACAAUACAGGCAUAUGAAUGCAACUGGGAUGCAUCUCUUCAUGUGGACCCGCAACAAGAAAUAAAACUAUCACACAGCCAACAAGAAGUUUCAAUUCAACAUUUAGCUUCAGAUGAUGAGUGUGUGUUUGCUGCUGUUGGAAAGGGCAUAUACGUGUAUAACCUUCAAAUGAAGCGUGUGAUUGCCUUCCAGAAGACUGCUCAUGACUCCACUGUCCUGCACAUUACAAAAGUUCCAAACAGGCAAUUAAUCUCCUGUUCAGAAGAUGGCAGUGUUCGCAUAUGGGAGUUACGAGAAAAACAGCAACUUACAGCUGAGCCUGUUCCAUCAGGUUUUUUUAGUAUUUGGGGAUUUGGAAGGGCAAACAAGCAAGCCAACCACACAGCUAAGAAGGCACCAGAGAGCACCACUAUUUACUCCUUGGAACUUACUGGAGAUUUGAUUGGGCACUCUUCAGCUGUGCAGAUGUUCCUGUACUUCAUUGAGCAUGGCCUGGCAACGUGUUCUGCUGAUCACUUGAUUAUUUUGUGGAAAGAUGGAGAACGGGAAUCAAGACUGCGCAGCUUAACGUUAUUUCAGAAAUUAGAACAAAGUGAAGAUUUGCAACUUCGGAUCUAAGAUAAUUUAAAUGUGUGUUUGGAUAUGAAUAAUGGCUAUUUAAUGUCUCAAGUGUUAAAAUAACUUUCUGUGUAUAAUUUUCUUGGUUUUCAAACUCUUAUCUAUUAAAUGUCUUGCUCUCAUUGAA